CGUCACGCAGGUCUUUACCGGUCACGUGAUCAACGCGGAAGACACCAAGCCAGUGAAAUGUAACUAACAAGAGCAUCUAACUUUACUGUAGUUCACUGUUCUGUGUCUUUUGUCCGACGUGAAUAUUAAGUGGCUCAGACAGGAGGACUUCAAUGAAACCGUGUGCCUUGAAAAUGUGUUUGACGUACUUUACGGUGUCGUUUGGCCAACGUUAACGUUAGGUCGGUUAACGUACAGUGUCAAAAUGCGGAACGACUCGCUCCUGUCAAGCAUUAACGUAGUGCUUGUAAUGGCCUACGGAAGUCUGGUGUUUGUUUUGCUGUUUAUCUUUGUCAAAAGACAAAUUAUGCGUUUUGCCGUGAAGUCCCGGAGAGGACCACAUGUUCCCCUAGGCCACAAUGCUCCUAAGGAGUUGAGACAGGAAAUUGAAGCCAAGCUCGCCCUGGUUCAGAAAAUCCACUUUGAGCCUCGUCUGCUGUCUCCAGAUGAUGACCGGCUAAAACACAGGGAACAGUCAGCUUCCUUCGACUACCUAUACAGGAUGAGAGCACUGGAUGCCAUCAGAGACACAGAUCUUCCUUUCAGAGAACUGGGUGGGACGUCCACUGCUGUGACGGGUAAAACACUUCGGACUUGGCUUCUGCAGCUGAAAAAUUCCCACUACAUGUUUCGAGAAAACCUCAUCGACACAGUGCUGGAUGGGUACUAUAGAGCACGGCACGGGGCAGAGGCUUUUGGGGAAGCAGAGUUUUUAAAAUUCCAGGAAGCUCUAAAUGAGCUGGCCUCUGCUGUCAAAUCUCACAGCAGCAGCGGCAGCUCACCGAGCCAGCACCACCAGUCUGCAGCCAAAGACCUGACCAGCACCACGGAGCCUGCAAGCUCAUCUUCCUCCCCAACACAAACUACCUACCUCACAUCCGCAGUGCAGCAGCGCAGCAAGCGGCCCAGAAACUUCCUGGAGCUGAAGAACUUUAAAGACAACUACAACACUCUGGACAGUAUGUUCUGAAAAUCUACCAAGCCUGUCCUCAAGAGAGGUCCAAGAAAAGAGUGCUGCCAGGGAUUUACUGUCACUGUAGCCACACAGUUCAAAGUAAAGCGAUAUGAACAGUGCCUUUUAAUACUAACACAUACUGCCUGAUUUAGAAUAAAGUGCACAUAAGACUACUGGUAUUCUGCUUAAACUAAGUGUAGCAUAUGCGUAUAUAUUGUAAACAUGCAUGAAUGAGUGAUAGAGAAAACUUGAGUACAGUAAGUGACCAUAGCAAGAAAGGUUGAUUUGACCAAAAUGAAACAGGAGCUUAAGAGCUAUGCAAUAGCAUAAGACAAUCAGUAUUUAUUGCACAAUGUAAUGGCCUAUGCAGACUUGUUAAAAUUAACCAACUGUAUUUAAAUAGAUAACAAUGUUUAUAUAGAGAACCAGUGUUAAUGGUUGCCAUGCACUUAUGUCACUUGUCUCUGCUGUUUGCAGUCACAGUGACAGCCUGUUUUUUUUAGUCUUAAAUGUUCUCUUUACAGAAGCCAUACUUUAUACUUGAUCUAAUGAAUUGUGUUGAUUGAGUGCUUUUCUGAUUUUAUCUCAGUGUAAUGUGAUUCAACAGUAUUCUUGUGCAUUAAUUUAUCUGAAUGUGGGGAAGUCUCUCUCUCUUCCGACUUUUGUCUUUACUUAAAGAUAGACUGGCCCUAAAGUGUCUGAACUUCUGGUUUUAUCUUGAAGUAUUUAUGUGCCUUAGUGUUUAAAAUUUUCUUUGCUUUUUAUUGCAAGUUGCCUUCAAAAUAAAACAGGGACAUAUUGUCCAAAUAUUGUA